AUGGCACCUAUUCUUGCCUCAAACGAAUCACUGGUCCUUUACCUCGAUGCCGCACUGCUUUUUUGCAUAUUUCUCUUUGCUGUCUUUGGUUUUCCCCGCCUGGUGGCUCGACUGAGUCUACCACAUUGUGAGGGGUUUGUUCUCCGGAACGCUAAGCCGCUCGCCACAAAAGUCACCCUUAACGAUGGCAGCUCCUUAGAUGACAAAGCUGGAUCGGACGAAAGUAAUAUUGCACCAUACAAAGUCGACCUCACUGAUGCAAAGUCCAUCCCGGACCGCAACAAGACUCCCAAGCUACCAGUUCACAUCCCAUCCUACUCGACCUGGCUUCACCCAAUCUCCAAAUUUGCUAAUGCGCGAUACGAUGGUUACUCGGUCGGACAGUACACUGUUAUGACUACGUACAUGGCAGGUGUCGCUGUAGCCAUGUUUCUAUUUUCGAACCCUGUAAACAAUUGCACUAGGGCGGGAUUCGUGUGUAUCUCUCAAGCUCCCAUCGUUGUAUUAUUUGGUGUCAAGAACGGACCGGUUGGGACUCUAUUGGGCAAAGGCUAUGAAAAGCUCAAUUAUAUCCACCGCUGGGUCGGUCAGCUCAUGUUCGUUUCAGCACUGUUCCACGUCGUUGGAUAUCUUGUCAAAUGGACUAAGACCGGAACCCUGUCUAUUGCCGCUAAACGCCAAGUAUGGGGCUGGUUUGCAUUUGGGGGCCUCGUCUUCCUCACUGUGGUGUCGCUCCCACCGGUUCGACGAAGCUCAUACACAAUCUUUUGGCACGCUCAUUGGAUAGGAUUUUUGCUGUUUGGUGUCUCGAUCAUGUACCAUGCACCUGGUGCCAUACCCUAUGCAAUUGCUGCUCUUUCUUUGUACGCUUUGGACCAGGUCUUGCGUUUAUUCAAAUCAAGAAUCGCAACGGCUACGAUCACACCUGUCCCAGCACUCAAGUGCACUCAGUUGUCAAUCCCUGAGAUCGGCCGAGGCUGGCGCGCAGGCCAACAUGUUCGUGUUCGUGUCCUGAACUCGAAAAUGGGAAUGUUAGGCUGGGCCGAGUCGCACCCAUUUACUAUUGCGAGCAUCAGCUCACCGAAAGGCGGAGGAGAUGGGCUUACUCUACUCGUCAAAAAGGCUGGAGACUGGACAAACUCCCUCUAUUCGCUUUCUCAGCAUGUUACCUCGGAAGAGUCCUCUGGCUCCGGGUCGCGCGUUAAAGUGGUGGUUGAAGGACCCUAUGGCGGACCCGGUUCCACGAUCCCAUCAUCGUUUUCGUCAGCUCUGGUCGUAGUUGGAGGAAGUGGGAUUACGUUUGGAACGAGCACUGUUGAAGAACUUGUCGCAGCUGCUGAAAAUGGAUGCACACGUACCAAGUACGCUGAGCUUGUCUGGGUUGUUCAGGACCACAGCGCUAUCGCUCCUCUUCUCCCCGCAUUUGCGACCUUGUUGUCCCGCGCAAGUGAUGCGCACAUGACUCUGACCGUAACAGUCCAUUACACCCGAGCGACCGACGUCGUCCCUGCCAAGCUCCCGUUCGGCAUUCGCAUCGUGGCCGGUCGUCCUAAUGUAUCUUUGGCCCUCGAAAACGUUCUUAAGCGCACAGAGAUGACUUCUACACCCAUCAACCCGGCAAAGGGCGUCAUGAUUGGUGUAUGUGGACCAACAGGACUGGCUGAAGAGGUGUGGCAGGCAGAAAACUCUGUGGAUGGAGAAAUCAGAAAGAAAGUUGGAGGAGUAGAAGUUUACGAAGACGAAACUGGCUCUUGGGGCGGUUCAAAAUUAGAUGACGCUCCAACCAGCCCUAUUCUUCGUCUUCAACCGGACAGAAAGAAAAACUGGUUUGCCGAAAUGCGGGAUGACACGUUUGACGCGUUCUCCAGCCGAAGGGAAGGGGCGUCGGAAUUCACUCGGAGAGUCCGGAAGCUUAGACUGGAGCAGAACAGCUCCCGGUUUGCCGAUCUGAAGUACACUAUGCCUCGAUCGAAGCAGGCUUAUUCUACUUCCCAACCUUGCCUUUUGAUCGAACGGAAAACGUUCGGGAGCGUUCCAGGUGAUGGAGGAGAUCAACAGUGCACCAGUGGCAGAUCAUAA